AUGACAGAAAUGAAAGCCAAGACACCAGUCGAGUUGCAGGACGACAGAGGUGAACCAAGUGAGAACAUUGCCAAUCGUGAGCGGGCGCAGCUCAAACAUGGAAAAUGGCGCUAUGUUAUGGUUGUAGCAGCCGGUUUCCUGGUGAUGUUCACCACCUGCGCGCUCAUCUUCACUUUCGGAGUAUGGCAAUCACUCUAUGAGGAAAUGACUGCGCAAGCAAAUACACCGUUUACCGGCACUUCCACGGCUCUCAUUAACUUGAUCGGUACAUUAGCGAUCGCAUUGAUGUCGAUGGGCGGUCCAUUCACGAUGGUCUGGGCUAAACUGUACUCCCCGCAGGCAGUUAUCAUUGUCGGAGGCUGGGUGUUCGGUAUCGCAUUCAUUCUCGCCAGCUUCAGCAAGCAGUUAUGGCAUUUUACCUUGACCCAGGGUGUGCUAUUGGGAAUAGGUACUUGUAUGGCCUACGUGCCUACAAUGGCCGUCGCACCGACGUGGUUCGAUAAACGGCGCGGACUGGCAAUGGGAGUGAUUAUCUCCGGCACCGGUGUCGGUGGAAUGGUCUGGCCACCGGUCCUCAGUGCUAUCAUUGACAGCAUUGGAUUCAGGAAUGCAUUGAGGAUCGCGGGUUGCGUUUCCGUAACUCUAGUAUCGCUCGCGGGAUAUAGCUUAGGAUGGGAGCCGGACUUCCAAAACCAAGUUCGCGUGCAGACGCAAGGUAUAAGUCGGGUGAAUGGAUGGAUGAAAAUUCCGCUCAUAAACUGGCGUGUCGCACGCACGAAACGAUUUGUCGCUCAGGCAUCUGGAUGCUUUCUUCAAUCAGCCGGAUACUCGACGCCCUUAUUCUUCUACGCGGCCUAUGCCAGGGCACUGGGAUAUAGCAACACAACAGCCACGAACUUCAUCACAGUCAGUAAUGCAUCGAAUUUCGUUUCGCGUAUCAUUGUUGGAUAUGGGGCCGAUAAGUACGGACGGAUCAAUGCCUUGGCUUUUACGACUCUACUCAGUACCAUCGCUGUGUUUGCCUUUUGGCUUCCGUCUAUGUUCAAAGAGUCGACUAUUGCAGGAUCUAGUGCGGACGGACUGUUCAUUACGUUCACGGUACUGUACGGUGCAUUUGCAAGUGCAUAUAUAUCGUUGUUUCCAGCCUCCUUGAUUGAGCUGUUUGGCGCGCAGAAUUACACCAGCGUUAAUGGUUCGUUGUAUCUCAUCCGUGGCAUCGGUGCUUUGAUUGGGACACCGUUGACCGGACUGUUGAUCCCAGAGUCAAAGGCGCUGGUUUCGUCUAUCAUCUACGAGCGAGCAGGGAUAACGGUCGGAGUAUUGUUGUUCGCAGCUACGGUGGCGUGUUUUAUCGUACGGAUUGAAGCAAUGAUGGGAUCACCCUGGCGAUGGAAGAUGUAG